CCCAUUUUAGGAAGUGGCGUCAAAUAGCCGAAUUAAAAUCUGAUCUUGCCUCUUGUUUCUCAUUAUACACCAAAAUCAUUCAUUGUAAUGACGACACGGACACUCGCUGGACAACUCUUGCGUUCCGCCACUGCAAGCGGCCGCCACAGAAAUGGAGCAGCGACAAGCUAUACCUCUCCUAUACUGGCGCCAAUAUUUGCGAUCAGGAAUUUUCGCCGCUCGAUCCACAAAAGAUUUGGAGUUCCUUCAAGUUCAGUUGCCUCAUUCUCGACAGUCUCUACCAUACAGAGACGGGCAUAUUCGUCUUCACACUAUGGACAGCCUACGUGGAUGACACAUCCUCACCUGAUGAAGGAAGGUGAAAUCACACCGGGAAUGAGCGCUAACGAAUAUGAGCUUCGAAGAACAACUCUAAUGCAGAGUCUACCUAAGAACAGUAUCGUCAUCUCGACCAGCCACAAGACUCGAUAUAUGAGUAAUAAUAUCUUUUAUCCGUUCCAUCAGCACACUGAUUUCUUUUAUCUAUGUGGAUUUAACGAACCGGAUUCUGCACUCAUAUUGGAAAAAAACGACUCAUCACGCGGAUACAAGAUGACCAUGUUCGUGGCGCCAAAGAAUGCCAAUAUUGAGAUGUGGGAAGGUGCAAGAACGGGUCUUGAUGGCGCAAAAGAAAUAUUUGGAGCAGAUGAGGCAAUCGAUGCUAAUUUGUUCAGAUAUAGGAUUGCUGACAUCGCGAGCCGAUAUGAGAAUGUGUACUUUGACUACCCUACCCCAUCCAUGUUCAUGCCAUUGGAUAUUGCCAAGAAACUACAUAACAAACCAGCAGUAUCGUCGUUUUUUUCAGGCUUGAAGCAUACCUUCAGAACGAUCGCUAAAAAACCUUCGCCAUCUACUCUCACCUUCACUUCUCGUCCACAUGACAAAAUCAACACUAUUGCAGACUCAGACCCCAUGUCCACAACUAAGAGUUUAUCCCCACUUAUUCAAGAACUGCGAGUGAUCAAGAGCGAAGCUGAGAUCAAAAUUAUGCGAGAGGCGGGCGAAAUUAGCGGCAAAGCUUUUAUUGAGACCAUGAAGUUUACAAACCCACAGAGAUUUGAGCAUCAGAUCUAUGCCAAGUUUGACUAUGAAUGCAGGAUGCGAGGGUCGCAAAUGAUGGCUUAUGUCCCAGUAGUUGCCGGAGGUUCGAACGCGCUAACGAUGCAUUAUGUCAAUAAUGACCAACCUUUACAUAACGGGGAUUUGAUUCUGAUGGAUGCUGGUGGAGAGUUGAAUGGAUAUGCAAGCGAUAUCACUCGGACAUGGCCCAUCAAUGGGAAGUUUACACAGGCACAAAAGGAACUAUAUGAAGUAGUACUGCAUGCAAAUAAGGAGUGUAUCAAGCUAUGUACCGAGAAUAGCGGUAUGUCAUUAAACCAGAUCCAUGAUGUAUCUAUGCGAUUGACAAAAGAAGGGCUUUCGAGCCUAGGUAUCAAGCCUUUAGCUCAUGAUGUGGAUAGAAGAUUGUAUCCUCACCAUGUCGGACAUUACCUCGGCCUGGAUGUCCAUGACACCGGAGACAUAUCGCGAUCUAGAGCACUCAAGGAGGGCAUGGUCAUUACCAUUGAGCCGGGUCUUUAUAUCCCUCGGGAUCCUGCAUACCCAGAGAAAUAUCAGGGUAUUGGUAUCCGUAUCGAGGACAAUGUUGCCAUUGGCAAGACUGUUCCUCAUGUCCUCAGUGUCACAGCCCCUAAAGAGAUUGUCGAUGUUGAGUAUUGUUGUGCAUCAGGAAAGGACUAAUAAAGAAGCAAAAGGAAAAAAGGAAAAAAGGAAAAAAGGAAAAAAGGAAAAAAGGAAAAAGGGAAAGGUGCCACUAGAAAUAAAACUCCUAGAAUAAC